AUGGCGGACGUGCUGGAGGCAGUGGCAAGGCUGACCGAUGAUCGUGUGAAGGCCAAGUUUGAGAGCGCCAUCAGCGUCGUGGAGCGAGCCAUAGCACUCUACGGGCUGCCAUCCCUCGCCUUCUCCUUCAAUGGUGGCAAGGAUUCCACGGUCCUGCUGCACAUCAUCAGAGCUGCGGUGGCGAUGCACGAGCAGGCGUCGCCCUCCGGCGCCGCACAGGCAAAGGUGGGCGGCCUGUCAGACAUGGUCACCUUCUUCUUCGACAACCCCGCGGACUUCCGGGAGGUUGUGGCCUUCACCUACGCCACUGGCGCAGAGUACAACCUGCAGCUCAAGUCCCUGCAUGGCGGCUUCCGCCAGGGGCUGGAGGCCCUGCUUGAAAGCACGUCCGUCAAGGCCAUUCUGCUGGGCACUCGCAAGGGCGACCCCAACGCGGUGGACCAGGAGACGUUCUGCCCCUCCUCCGCCGGCUGGCCGCCCUUCAUGCGGGUCAACCCCGUGCUGCACUGGACCUACCACGACGUCUGGACCUUCCUGCGCGAGGCGGGGCUGCCCUACUGCUCGCUGUACGACCAGGGCUACACCUCCCUGGGCGCGGUGUCCAACACCCACCGCAACAGCGCGCUGCUCAAGGAGGAUGGGAGCUACGCGCCGGCCUACAUGCUGCCCGACACGCGGCUGGAGCGGGCGGGCCGUAGCGAUCCCGCCCGCCACGCCUCCGUCCUGUCGGACGCCUGCGAGACCGCGGGCGUGAUCAUUGUCGGGGACGAGAUCCUGGCCGCCAAGGUGGAGGACGUCAACACCCGCUUCCUGUGCAAGGAGCUGCGCGUCGCCGGCUGGCGGGUCUGCAAGGUUGCGGUGGUGAGGGACGACGUGAAGGCCAUCGCGGCGGAGAUCAAAACCAUGAGCGCUGCGUUCAAUGUCGUACUGACGGCCGGGGGGGUGGGGCCGACCGUGGACGACAUGACUCUGGAGGCCCUGGCAGAGGCAUGCGACACCCACAUCUCUCGGAACCCGGAGCUGGAGCGGCGGAUCCGGGCCUAUUUUGGGAGUGAUGUCACCAACGCACACCUCAAGAUGGCUGAGAUUCCCGAAGGCAAGGGCUCGGAGACCUCCCUGAUUGAAUUCCGGACGGGCAGCGGGGCGCUCUCCCCCUUUCCCCUGGUCCGGUGCCGGAACGUCUACGCCCUGCCUGGCAUCCCCUCCCUGCUGCAGGAGAAGUGGCCGGAGGUGAAGGCUGACCUGCGUGCCUCGCACGAGGCAAGCAGCCCGCUGGCGCCCUUCCACUCCGUGGUCAUGCGCCUCCGAACCGACGACGAGACCGCCAUCGCCGACCCCCUGAAGGCGGUCGCUCAGCGGCACGGCCCAAAUGUCUCCUGCGGCUCCUACCCAGUGACGGGGCAGGCCGAUGGCGUGGGCCUGGUGCUGAGCGUGGAGAGCAAGGACGCGGCCGCCCUGGAGGCCGCCGCCAAGGAUCUGGAGGCCGCGCUGGAGCCGGGCAUGCUCUCCGCCAAGCUGUCGGACAACGACUUCCUGGGUGCCAACGGCGCCUGA